AGCGAGUGCCUCCCUCCCCCGGGCCCUGCCGGAAAGGCCGCGGACAAACAGCCCCGCCAGUGGCCCCGGGUGCUGAGCUGAGCCGAGCCGAGCCGAGCGGGCGGAAAGGGCGGCCGAAGCGGGGGCAUCGCGGCGCGGCCACAUCAGCCCCCGCCUGCCCAGCGCCGGCGCUUGGCUGCUGAGCCGCGCAGCGGCCCCCAGGAGGCGGCGGCGGCCGGGGACGCUGAGGAGGAGCCGCCUGCGCGGCCCAGCGGCGGCGGCGGCAGGCGGGCCGGACACACCGACCGAGCGACCGACCGAGCAGCCGCGGCACGGAGAGAGGGAGGGAGGGCAGAGCGGCAGCGCAGCCCGCGCCGGCAGCGCCAUGGCCACCAAGGCUCGUGUUAUGUAUGAUUUUGCUGCUGAGCCUGGAAACAAUGAGCUGACGGUCAGUGAAGGGGAGAUCAUCACAAUCACCAACCCGGAUGUUGGUGGAGGCUGGUUAGAAGGAAAAAACAGCCAAGGCGAGAGAGGACUUGUUCCAACAGAUUAUGUUGAGAUUAUAACCGAAGGUGCAAAAGAUGGCAUUAGCUGCGGUAACUCAUUAGCUGAUCAGGCAUUUUUUGAUUCCCUUUCUUCAAAUACAGCUCAGACCAACUCUGCUGCCAAAAGCAGUAAUCAGGCAAGCAUUGCCAAUGAUCCUUGGUCCAGCUGGAACGUUGGGAAGUCUGGUAACUGGGAUAAUGGAAAUACUGUUGACAGCUGGGCAACAAAACCUGAAAGUGCACCUGGCCAGAGAAACAGUGCUUCAAAUAACUGGGAGGCAGCAGCAGCAUUUGGUCAUCCACAGGCAUAUCAAGGACCAGCAGCUGCUGAUGACGAUGAUUGGGAUGAUGACUGGGAUGACCCAAAAUCAACUUCGCCAUCUUACCUUGGUUACAAGGAGACUGAGGCAUCAGAGGCUGGGGGGAUCCAGCGUGGAAAUUCUCGUGCAGCUGCUAUGAAGUUACCACUUAACAAGUUUCCUGGAUUUGCAAAACCUGGAAUGGAACAGUAUCUGUUGGCAAAGCAGCUAGCAAAACCCAAAGAAAAAAUUCCCAUAAUUAUUGGUGAUUAUGGCCCAAUGUGGGUAUAUCCUACCUCUACGUUUGACUGUGUGGUGGCAGAUCCCAAGAAAGGCUCUAAAAUGUAUGGUCUCAAGAGCUACAUUGAGUAUCAGCUGACCUGCACUAACACUAAUCGGUCUGUCAACCACAGAUACAAGCACUUUGACUGGUUGUAUGAGCGGCUCCUGGUUAAAUUUGGAUUAGCCAUUCCAAUCCCUUCUCUUCCAGACAAGCAAGUAACAGGGCGCUUUGAAGAAGAAUUUAUCAAAAUGCGCAUGGAGAGGCUGCAGGCUUGGAUGACGAGAAUGUGCCGCCAUCCUGUUGUCUCAGAAAGUGAAGUUUUCCAGCAAUUUCUCAGUUUCCGAGAUGAGAAGUGCGUGGGAAUGCUGUUAAAAGUGUGUGAGAGUCUUGAAAGCCAUUACUCCACUUACUAUGUGGGCAAACCAGCUUGUUCAAUAACUGUUCGAGAGCAGAAAUGUGAUGCAGUGGGUAGGUUCACCAAAGCAAUGGAUGAUGGAGUUAAAGAGCUGCUGACAGUGGGACAGGAGCACUGGAAGAGGUGUACAGGGCCAUUACCCAAGGAAUACCAGAAGAUAGGAAAAGCAUUGCAGAGCUUGGCACUGGUCUUCAGCACUAGUGGAUACCAAGGAGAAUCUGAUCUCAAUGGAGCAAUAACAGAAGCAGGGAAAACUUACGAAGAAAUUGCCAGUCUUGUAGCAGAUCAGCCAAAGAAAGAUCUUCACUUUUUGAUGGAAACAAAUCAUGAAUAUAAGGGAUUUCUUGGUUGCUUCCCUGACAUCAUAGCAGCUCAUAAGGGAGCAAUAGAACGAGUGAAGGAAAGUGACAAGUUAGUUGCAACCAGUAAAAUAACGCCACAAGACAAACAGAACAUGGUGAAACGUGUGAGCACCAUGGCUUAUGCACUACAAGCUGAGAUGAAUCACUUCCACAGUAACCGGAUCUAUGACUACAACAGCGUCAUUCGUCUCUAUCUGGAGCAGCAGGCACAGUUCUAUGAAACGAUUGCACAGAAGCUGAGGCAGGCACUCAGCCGCUUUCCUGUGAUGUAGAGAAUAAGGAGUAUUCAACAAUACAGAACAACUCCAAAGUGCUUUUCUGAUGUGGGGGCAAUGCUAAUGAAAACUUGUUAGCCUUUGCAAAAAAAAAAAAAAUCCCAAAAAACCCCAAACCAACAAAAAUCAGUUGUAAAAAAAAGUAUUAUUUCAAAUUUUACUUUAUCAGCUUAAAUCAUAAAAUAAGGCUCUCCUGUCUUGAAAGCUCUCCCAUUUUUAUCAUUAUUUAAAUAAAAACAGCUAGGUAAUGCUGUCAGUUAUAGGGAUCUAAAUUAUCAAACUGAUAUAUUGCCAUGGACUUCACGAAGACUUGUCUAUCAAUUGUUAUUCCAAAAACUCUGGAUCAACACUAGAGUGGUGCAUUUGUAGCUUUUUUUUUUAAAUGGGAAAGCAGACAAACUUAAGAAAAUGACCUAAUACUCAUUAUAUUAAGUUGAGCUCUGCAGCAAUUCAGUAACCAGGAGGAAUUAUACUCAUGUAUGUUUCUGCACAUGGUUGUGAUAAUCUCCUGAAUGAAUGCUUUGUUCUUAAGUUUUGUUUCCCAUAUGCAGCCAUGGCAUUCUGCUCCCAGUAUGACUUCUGGUAAAUAUAAAUCAUUCUUCCCUCUCUUCUUUUUCCUUCUAACUAAAUCUUGUUCUUGUGGCACACCACCUCAGAGCUUAUGUCAGGCUCACUUUUUCACUAUGCACUGUGUAAGAAGACAAAGUACAAACAAGGAACGAGCCAUUCAGGAAAGUGUGAAAAACAGUUUUCUAUACCAGCACUUUGACACCCCCAAUGUUAUGCCAUAAGGCACUGGUGUUUCUCAGUGCUGUACAGGGCCAGCUUCCCCUCUGACAGUUUGUAGUGUUUCAGCAGAGGGGACAAUGCCACAUCUAACCCCAGCUAGUAGACAUCCCCAAAUUCCAACUCAGCUCAGGUCUUCGUGUAGUAGUAUGGUGUGCUAUUGGUUCAGGUUGACUUUUUGUUGCCUUCUAAUGCAAACUCAGAGGUGACAAAGGUACUGAAUAACAUCAUUAGUUAUUACACAAACUCUGUUCUUUGAUCAUCGUCUUUUAUCAAGUGACUCAGUAUCCUCUUCCAUACUACUGAAAUACCAUUUGAGGCCUUGGCUUUUCACAGAAUCAAACCAAAAAAAGCCACCACCGUGUUCACAAUGGGCACCAAGUACAGUAAUUCAUUUCUUGCCAUAGGCAAGCAGGAAAGCCAAAACACAGUUGCUACUAAAAUGUGCCUAGAAAAUAAAUACUUUAGUUUAAAAAAAAAAAACUAAAAAGGCAUUUUACCAAUAAGCCAUUCUAAGUGACGGGUACAGUCUGCCAGUUCAAUAAUUGCCUUACUCUGUUUUGCAUUGGUGUUACUUUUCUGUGCUAGAAGGAAAAUCUGGGUCUGCCUGAAUAACCUGAAACCAAACCAAGCCAGACUAGGCCUAAGUCUAGAUGCUUCUCAUUGUCACAAGUUUUGUUCACCUUUUAUAAACCUUGUCUUUUUCUCCUCCCAGUUUUAGUUUGCUUCCAAAAUUCCAUAGUGCAGUGUUGUUUGAUACAGCCAUUUAAAUAUGUACAAAUUGUAAAGAAUGUGUAUAAAUGUUUUACACCAAAUGUAAGAUCUGCUUGCAUGUAGAAGCAGCUUAUAUAAUAAAUUGUUACAAUGUGUACAGUAAAUUCUGAAA